AUGCCGCGACGAAGCGGGCGUCUCCAGCUCAACGAAGUGCUGGAAGAGUCCAAACGCACCGCCGACGAAUUCGUAGUCGUACCGCAGGCAGAUCCCGGCAACAACAGCGUCAUGGACGAAGGCGGGGCUUCUCCGUCGACGGUGACUGGCAGAAAACGUUCUAGGCAAUCAAAGGACGAUCAUUCUGACGGAGUAGGGGAUGAUUUCGGGGAGAAUGAUCUCGAGGAUAGCGACAAGGAAGAGGUGGGGAAGGAACCUGCAAAGCCUCGUGACGUGACGAGUAUUCUGUCCAAAUGGGGGCGCAAAGGUAUGAAAUCAAAAAGUAUGCACGCUAGCACCGGCACCAUUGAUGGUAGCGACACUUCUCCCAAUGGUUCAAGCGGAGUCCGGGAGGGCGAAAAUAGCACUUUGUCUAUUGGACGAAAAGACAAGGCUGAAGUGACGAAAGUUGCUCCGGAUGCGAUUCCGAAAAAGAAAGUCCCGAGGAAGACUAACGAUGCACCCUCUUCCGGCCCCUCUCUUUUGUCCAAUCUCACCCCCGGAAUUCGUCCGCCGCCAGUUAAUCCUCAAACUUCAAAGUCUAAUUCUUCUACAAAGUCGUCCGCUAUGCCUAGCAACAAAUCUACUUUACAUUCACAACCUGUAAAGACCAAAGAGUAUACACUACCCGCAUCAGUACGUACUCAACACAUUACAUCCGACUCCAACAAAACGGGAGACCUUCCACGAUCUACUCAAGAAUCAAGACAAGGUCUAGCACCACCGAAUAGUGCCACUCAAGCCCAACCCCCUACAAGAUUGAUAGCUUCGACCUCUCUACCAGGCCUCCGAGUCGAGGAACGAAGACUCAUGGCGCAGCUACAAGAUACUUGCCAUCGAAUCAGCGACAGCGGUGCCUUACCGCUUCCGAUGUCUCUAGCGGUAGAUGUUAGUGGAAGCUUCUUACAAAAUGCAGACAACCGUUUCGAUUUCUUCGAUACGAACAGUAACGGGGAAGUUGUUUUACAACGUCCCAAGCCGAUUUUUCCGGAGGAGUUCGCUGCCGGUAUGAGAGAGCACCCCUUGUCGUGGUGGGGCAUUGUGGAUCCACGCCUUGGCGAGAACAAAUAUCAGAAACUAGGAAAGGUACAGCAUCAAGCUCACGAUUCAGAACCCAGGCCAUCAACGUUUCCCCGGCCAGGUCGAGAGAUGAAUGCACAACAAUAUCACAACCAAGGUUGGGCAGGAAACGGAGGAGGCUUCGUGGGUGGCCCUAACGGUCGAGGCGGUUAUCGUAACAGCAGCCGACACGGUGGUGGCUAUGGGCGGCCCAGUGGCCACAAUGGAAACGGACCGCCACCCUCUUUUCGUGGACAACGCUAA